GACCCGCGUCUGUCUGGGCGUUGCGGGAUUGGGGCCUGGGAUCGCUCGGUCCCGGGCAGUUAAGAACCCCGUGACGGGGCGGAGCGGCGCCAGCCCAGUCCUGAGGCCUGCUACCCGGCAGGCUCUGUGCGCCCCGCGAAGGUCUUCGGCCACCAGCAGCGACCGCGGAGGGACGGCGGGCAACCCCGGGCAUGUACGCCCCUGGAGGCGCAGGGCUGCCCGGCGGGCGCCGGCGGAGGAGCCCGGGAGGCAGCGCUCUGCCCAAGCAGCCGGAGCGCAGCCUGGCCUCGGCCCUGCCUGGCGCCCUGUCCAUUACGGCGCUGUGCACCGCCCUCGCCGAGCCGGCCUGGUUGCACAUCCACGGAGGCACCUGUUCCCGCCAGGAGCUGGGAGUCUCGGACGUGCUGGGCUACGUGCACCCGGACCUGCUGAAAGAGUUCUGCAUGAAUCCCCAGACAGUGCUGCUCCUGCGGGUCAUUGCUGCCUUCUGCUUCCUGGGCAUCCUGUGUAGUCUCUCCGCAUUCCUUCUUGAUGUCUUUGGGCCCAAGCAUCCAGCCCUGAAGAUCACCCGUCGCUAUGCCUUCGCCCAUAUCCUCACUGUCCUGCAGUGUGCCACCGUCAUCGGCUUUUCUUAUUGGGCUUCUGAACUCAUCCUGGCCCAGCAGCAGCAACAUAAGAAGUACCAUGGCUCCCAGGUCUAUGUCACUUUUGCUGUUAGCUUCUACCUGGUGGCGGGAGCUGGUGGAGCCUCAAUCCUGGCCACAGCAGCCAACCUCCUGCGCCACUACCCUACGGAGGAAGAGGAGCAGGCAUUGGAGCUGCUUUCUGAGAUGGAGGAGAAUGAGCCCUACCCAGCAGAGUAUGAGGUCAUCAACCAAUUCCAGCCGCCCCCCGCCUACACACCCUAAUGCCAACCAUGGGCUCGCUUCCUCGGCAGCCCCUCCCCCAAUUCUACAGCUCCUUUCACACCCAGAGGAGCUCUUUUCCCCAGCAGGCCUCACUGGUAGGAUCCUGACCAUCUUCACCAAAUCUUCCCCAGGAGAGCUUCUGCCUUUAGGGUUCUCCAUGUAUCCCUGCUCUCAAAACCUGGGGCUCAUCAAUUUUAUAUAAUGCACUGUUGCCCCUCCUGUCACCUUCUGCCCUUUCAUGUUCACUCGUCAUUACCAACCAGGGAUGGUCAUACAAGUUUUCUCCCCUCGUGGGCCAUAUCUUUGGGACUGAGACUUUUCUUGGGGAGCUGCUGAUAGUGAACAGUCCCAGAUAGAAGAAGUAUCAGCAGAGCCCAAGGGAAAGGGGACUGUACCCUGCAAUCUCACUUCACAAGGAUCAACGUUUGUUCCACGGCUGUAGCUCUGGGCUGACAUACCCUCCCCCCACCCCCCAUUUCUUCUUGGAGUGCCCCAGUACCGGGCUGCCCAUUCCGUGGAAUUCUCUGCACUUUAGUCUUUGGACUUGUCCUCACAUGUGUUCUGGUCUUAUGGGGAGAAGGAAUUGCUGUUGGGAAAGCAGAGCAGUCACUCUCCUGCCCUGCCUUUGCUUCAUGUGGCUGGAGCCCAGGCAAGGAGAGCAGAACCUGGUAUGAGACUGAGGCCUCCUGGUGCCUAUAAAGGAUCAGAGUGGAGGGGACCACAUCCCUUACCCCCUUCACCUUUUAAAAUUUGAGUGGUUUUAAACGGAACAGAUAAAACCAAGCAACAGCAAUAUUCUCUUUUUAACAUAGGGACAAGGCUGUUGUCAUUUUUCAGAAAUGUAUCCCAUUCCCUUUAGCUCUGCAAUAUUUUUGCCCAUAGCUCCUUCCAAGUUCCUCCCUGAGUCUCCAGCAGAAUGCAGCCUCUCUUCCCUUGCUCCUUCUCUCCAAUUACUGUGGCUCCCUGGGGCCUUCCUGUGGAACCCAGAGCUACAUGGCCCCUGAGGGGCUGAGGACUGUGGCCUGGCAGGCGGGCCAGCGUGGUGCUCCUCAGGACUGCGGCACUGAGAUAUAACCUGGCCUCAGUUUAGGAACAGAGGCCACAGCAGGGCAUGAACCCACCACUCUCCACAUAGGAAUUUAAAACCAGUGGGGCCCCAUCAUGUGAGGUGUCAGAACCACCUUGUAAGACUAGCAGGCCUGGAGGUAUCCUUCAGACUCAGCCUGUCCCCUAGACUGUGGCUUGGGGCUACAGCUGGCUACGUGCCCCUCUCCCUUGAAUGUACUCUGGUCUUGCUGUGUGCUGUUGGCUCUUUUUUGCCUGGCCAUCACUCUAGCUACCCUGUUUGCUUUGAAUCUGGCUGAAUGUUCUACCCUGAGAUCUGGGGCAUAAAAUGGGCAAAACUUGAGAGAGCUUCAGUGUGGAUCCAGGUGGCCACGCUGUCCUUGUUAAAUUACUAGCUCCUUUGGAAUCACUGUUCAGAGCAGAGCUGAAAAGGAGAUGGAUUUGAAUUUCCACCCACCCUUAAGGUGAUAGACAAUUUGAGCAAGACUGGAGAAUGGACACUGAUACUGAGCUGUGGCUACACAGUGACUGUCAUGUCCCUAUACAUCUUUGGCCAGAUUGACUGGGAUGUCUGGACAGAUGCCUGUGUGGGUGGUGAAGACCACAUCUACACACGAGUAAGUCUUGGAGUUCACUUCUGUGAUGUCAAAGUGUGUCCCAAGGUGACUCUUCCACUCUUCCAGACUCCUCUCUUAGGCAACAAAGGCUGCUGAUUGAUACCUGAGCACAAAGCCAAGGAGCUGAAUUCAUUCUGUCUUUCUGUAAAGUCCUGAGUUUGUUAUUGGCAGAUUUCCCUGGUAUGGCCAGCUUUUUCCAACCAUGGGCAUCUGAGUAGGCAGACCAGAAGACUGGUCACCGAACACGCAUGCCAAAGUGACUGGUCAUCUCAUGAGGACUUGGACAUGACCCUGUGGACCAUUCUGUGUGAUUCAGAACCCAUUUUUUAUUAGCUUCCCAUGCCUUUGGUCUUUCUUUCUCUUUUCCCCUGCCAUCCUGACACUAAUAGUUUGUCAAUAUAAAUUCCCCUGGUUGUAUUUUUUUUUUCUAGGAAAAAAAUUAAAAAGCAAAACAAAACGAAAAAACCAGAAACCACCACAAAUAAGAAUGUAAA